GGGGAGGUUUGUAAAUAACUUAAACUUAAAAAUGACCUAGUAGUACAAUCAAUCUAGUCUUCUCUUUCUCAUCAUCAUUUUUUAUCAUUGAUCUUAACAUCUCCAUAUCGAUAUCGUGGUAUCCCGCGCCACCUCCCCAUAUCGCUAUUUUUGUGUUUCAAUGACAACAUGUAGAAAAAGAAAUGUUCUCACUGGUUCUCGACAACGUUGCGUUCUUUCUCAUCUAGGGUGCUGUCUCAAUAUCGACAGGAGCCGAGCCCCGAAAUACACCGGCAGCUAUCGUGUGGCCCUCAUCCCGACAACAGCGAAGGCUCUUCUUAUGGCGGAAAAUGCCCGGUCUGUCCCUGUCGAAGACUACUGACUCCUGUUGAAAUUCUGAUGUCGAAGACUAGUCUUAUGGAGCCAAUGUACCUACGCAGUCUGACUGCUGUUGAUAAACUCGACGACGAUGGUUGUGCCCCCACAUGAUGAGAGCGCUAGUAUCGAUUUCUUUGAAACAGCGUUUUUUCAGAGACUGCGCAGUAACAGCAUCUUGGAGAAAUUGCCUGAGAAAGCGGUCGUCUUGGUGCCCGUUUUUCUUGAAGAUUCUUCAAGAACAUUGCCGUCUCUCGAAGCGCACAUUCUACAACCACUGAGCCUGUUUCCGAUUUCCUACGACUUCUUGCAGGAUAGCGAUUUGUCUAGGCAGGAAGAAAGCCACGACCACUCCAAAUCCCAAAGGGAACGAGAGUCCGACUCUAGUUCAUCUAGAAAGACUUGGUUUUUGAACUUAUUCGGCGAGCAAGUGGCUGUGGGGUCAGAACGAGUCGAGCUGUUUCGAAAAAGAGAAAAAGAUGUUAUGCCGUGAGCACACUCAUAGAAAGUUUCAGUUUGUUGAUUAACAAGAAUAUGAUAAGUACAAGUAGUCAUUCAAGGAGGAAGUUGUCGUGACCACUGGAAAGAUGAGGGGUGUAUACUUAGAGCCAGCAUUCGAACAAUAAAAAAGUCGAUUUACUUAUUUUGCUAAUACACCACGACCAGUCGAAAAGAGGCAAAGGUCUUGUACUAGGAAAAUCCUGGCUGAAGAAAAUUACUUCGAUGGGACCCGAAGUAUUCAAAUUCUGGUUCUAGACGGAUGCUUACAGGUAGAAAGUGAGCACCAAAGCAGCAGCUUUGAGGACCAGCUACGUGCAUCUCGUCCGCCACCACCUCCGCUACCCCCAAACUCUCCGCCUGGUAACCACAAGCAAAGUCCGUCUCCUCGUGUUGGUCAAGCGCAAGAUUAAGGCUAGUUCUUUUCUUUUAGGUUCAGGGGAAAGAAACAACAUUUUUCAGACUCAAUUUCAUCAAGGUACUCUCCAUGUCAGAGUCAGGUUUUCAAUUACUACCUGUCUGCUAGAAAUUCUAAUUUCUGUUCAAAAAUGCUCUGUAUAAGAACUCUAACAGGUAGAAGUAUCCGACAAAAGGAAGCAAGAAGAGAUCUACAAGAGGCGCAUCGCUGCAACCGAAGCAUUGGAAAAGGAGAUCCUUGCCUCACCAGAAAACAAUCCUGAUUAUUUGGUGCUGUUCCCUGGUAUCGAAAAGCAAGUGUUCGACGAAGUGGAAGCGCUACGCACGGGUCUGAUCCAUAUACAGGGACGUGACACAGCUACUUUCGACCGGAUAGAUGCUGUCAUCGCAAGUGCGGCUGCGCAAAUCUACAAGCAGCUGAGCCGGCUCGAGCAAGAAGGACAACUAACACAGGACGUAGCUACUGCAACGACUCGACAGCAUCAGCAAGCAGAACCAGCUGCUGGGACAGCUACUGCUACUCCUCCGCUUAUGUUGACGGAGCGCUCUGAGCGUUUUUUCAUUCCAAGAGUGCUACUGGAAGAUCCUCAACAGCAUGAUAGAGAACGUCAAGAAGAACAUGAAGCUGCCUUGAUCCUGCAUCCCGAGUUGUUGGUACGGGAACAUCUACGCGUAAAAAGCUUCACUCUAGACCACGUUCACGAUGCGAUCGCUCGAACCGUUUACACGUUAGUCAACGGCUUUCUCUUUCCGUGUUUGAUGCGAAGCACGUUGGCUGCGGAGCAAGUUAUGAAUGACUGGAAGAUCCUCAACAAGUCUCCAUCUUGUUUCCUUUCGUCUCUUUUGACAACUAUCUUGCCACUGCAUCCUAAUUAAGUCUUGACGCUACAGUACCUCGUGCUAUGUAAAUGAAUGAAUGACUGAACCUUUACUAUAAUGAGUCAUACACAGCUAGUGCUAGAACUAGAAGUUCGACUACCCUGCUUCUCUUUCAUAUACCCGUGUCAACAGGUGGUGACCAAGCGCUUUCCACGGUUCAUCGAUCUCGUUGAAAACUUGGCUUCUUCUGCAUCAGGCACAUCAUGGAAAAUCCUUCGAUGUGCGAAGACUCAGAAAGCUGUUAAGGACAGGGCUUGAGUGUAUCGAAGAACAAUGUAUGUACUAAUGAAUACUAUCUUCUACAACUUCUUCUGGUUCGUUUAUUCUGCCGCUUCUAAGAACAGCACAGGAGGUUCCUCUUUAAAUCGUGUCGAAAUGCUAGCCAAGAAAGGGGCUUCCAUUCUGUGCGGGAAGUUGAACCGUUCCACCGAACCGGUGACGAAGCUCGAGGUUUUUCUCGCAAUAGUCCAACAUCGGUUACCAAAAUGGAUUGCGCGCGUCCUUCUGUUGCAGGAUAAGGUUAAGAAGAAAAAGAGUUUUUUAUCACUACUGCUACACUUCUUGUAUAAGAAGAAGUAGUUUUCUUGCCUUUCAUACCCUACCACGCACGAUUGGGUACACUAUUGCUACUGCCUUUUCAAGAUGAUGAAAAACAACUCACUCGUAGUUUGAUAUCUAAGAAGACAAAGACCACACCAGCAGCUGCUACGUCUAAGCCGCCACGCCUCGAAGCCGACGACUUGAUCACGGUUUUGGUGCUCAUAUUGUGGGCUGUCUUUCAAAACAAUCAACCUUCAAACACCAAUCAGCCUCUACUACCCAGUUCUCAUAUAGCUGCACACUUAUUACACUGUGAACUUUUUCUUGCGAAAGCAAGAACUGUCCCACGCGAAGCAGAGUACGCAUUUUCCCUAUUCCAAAGCGCAAAAAUGUUUUUUCGAACAAACUAGUAGUUGUAUCAAUUAAUUUGCGGUCUCACAUUUUAUAGGAAGCAACGUACUGGUACUUUCUUACAAACCAGAACUAUGAAGAACAAAGUCAGGUGGAAAUGAAGAGUACUACAUCUACAAUUCAUUCGUAGAAAUUUUUUGCCUUCCCUUCAUGAUUGCAUCAUAGAGAUAGAUGAU